UAGAUUUUGGUGGAAGAUGGGUCAUUAGAUUUGAAGAAGCGAAGAAAAUUGGUUAGGUCAGGUGUAAGGUGCACUCUUUUAAAAGGGUUUUCUUCUCUCAACAACUUUCAACAUCCCACCAAAUACAAACAACAAUAGUUACUUACACUCUUCCAUAGUACUCAUCGCCAACAACAACAACAACAACAACGUUUGUGUUGUGUUUCUCACCCUCUCUUCUUCUGCCAUGGAUUCUGACUAUGGUAUUCCCAGAGAACUCUCAGAUCUUCAAAAGCUUAGAUCCUUGUACCAGCCUGAGCUUCCUCCUUGCCUCCAGGGAACCACUGUGAGAGUUGAAUUUGGUGAUGCUACCACAACUGCUGACCCUUCUGAUGCCCCUGCUAUAAGCAGAGCUUUUCCACACACCUAUGGACACCCUUUGGCUCACUUUCUCAGGGCCACUGCUAAAGUCCCUGAUGCUCAGAUUAUUACUGAGCACCCACCAAUGAGGGUAGGGAUUGUUUUUUGUGGAAGGCAAUCUCCUGGAGGACACAAUGUCAUUUGGGGUCUUCACACUGCUCUCAAAAUCCACAAUCCUAAAAGUGUUCUACUUGGAUUUCUUGGUGGUUCAGAAGGUCUAUUUGCCCAGAAAACUCUGGAGAUAACUGACAGUGUUCUUUCCACAUACAAGAAUCAAGGUGGUUAUGAUUUGCUUGGUCGGACGAAAGAUCAAAUUAGGACCACAGAGCAAGUUAAUGCUGCUCUUGCUGCAUGCAACAGCUUGAAACUUGAUGGUCUUGUCAUCAUUGGGGGGGUGACAUCAAACACAGAUGCUGCCCAGCUUGCAGAAACGUUUGCUGAAGCAAAAUGCCCCACAAAGGUGGUUGGCGUUCCUGUGACUUUGAAUGGAGAUCUUAAAAAUCAGUUUGUGGAAACUAAUGUUGGUUUUGAUACCAUUUGUAAGGUGAAUUCUCAGCUCAUCAGCAAUGUCUGCACUGAUGCUCUCUCUGCGGAGAAGUAUUAUUAUUUCAUCCGUCUUAUGGGACGCAAGGCAUCACAUGUUGCUUUGGAAUGCACCCUCCAAUCCCAUCCAAACAUGGUAAUUCUUGGUGAGGAGGUUGCUGCAUCGAAGCUUACCCUUUUUGAAAUUACGAAACAGAUUUCGGAUGCCGUUCAGGCUAGAGCAGAGCAAGACAAAUACCAUGGAGUAAUCCUCCUGCCAGAAGGGUUGAUAGAGAGCAUCCCUGAAGUGUAUGCACUCUUGAAGGAAAUUCACACUUUACUCAGACAAGGUGUUGCGGUUGGCAAGAUAUCUUCUCAGCUUUCGCCAUGGGCAUCUGCUCUAUUCGAAUUUCUACCACCAUUUAUUAGGAAACAGCUACUCCUUUACCCUGAAUCAGAUGACUCUGCACAGUUGUCACAGAUUGAAACUGAGAAACUACUAGCAUACCUUGUGGAAGCAGAGAUAAACAAGCGUCAGAAAGAAGGCACAUAUAAGGGGAAGAAAUUCAAUGCCAUUUGCCAUUUUUUCGGUUAUCAAGCUCGUGGAUCCCUUCCAUCAAAGUUUGACUGUGACUAUGCAUAUGUUCUUGGACACAUCUGCUCCCAUAUACUGGCUGCAGGUUUAAAUGGAUACAUGGCAUCUUUAACCAACCUGAAGAAUCCUGUGAACAAGUGGCGAUGUGGGGCUGCUCCAAUUUCUUCAAUGAUGACUGUGAAGCGUUGGUCCCCAAAUCCAGGAGCCACAUCAAUUGGGAAACCUGCUAUUCAUCCAGCUACUGUGGAAUUGAGAGGCAAAGCAUAUGAUCUCUUGAGGAAAAACGCAACAAGCUUUCUUCUGGAUGAUAUUUAUAGAAAUCCUGGUCCACUUCAAUUUGAAGGUCCUGGUGCUGAUGCCAAACCUAUAACUCUUUCUGUUGAAGACCAGGACUACAUGGGUCGCAUUAAGCAACUUCAGGUGUACCUUGAACAGGUUCGAAACAUUGUAAAGCCGGGGUGCCCUCAAGAGGUUCUGAAAGCAGCGCUGAGUGCCAUGGGGUCUGUUACUGAAGUUCUGUCUGUCAUGACGUCGUCAGCUGCUAGUAACGGCCUUUCAUCCCUUUAAGAGUAACAGAUGGAACUUGUAUUCUUUUUGAAAUUUUGUGGCUUAACGUUGUUCUCUUUUAUUUACAUUUGAUAGCCAUGGAGGUAGCUGAUGGUUGGAAAUAAGAGUUUUGAAAUGAUGUGAACAUGAGAUUAUUGUAUUAGAAGUUUUGACUCUCUUUCAUAUAACGGUGAUUUUUUCGA